AAUACUCUCUCAAUAAGCUAACAUUCGUUUGUUGGCUGUUAAAGAUUAAACAACUCUUCAAAAAAGAUCCGGUGUUCAAAAUUUAAAUUAAAGAAAAAAUGAAAUUUUUAUUAAGUUUAUGCCUGGUGGCUUUGGCCAGUGGUGGCAUUGUUAGUGCCGAUGAAAGUAAAGGACCUAAGGUUACAGAAAAGGUGUUCUUUGACAUCACCAUUGGUGGUGAGCCGGCCGGUCGUAUUGAAAUUGGCUUGUUUGGCAAAACUGUUCCAAAAACUGUAGAAAAUUUCAAACAAUUGUCUGAAAAACCUAAAGGCGAAGGCUAUGUAGGCAGUAAAUUCCAUCGCGUCAUUAAGGAUUUCAUGAUCCAAGGUGGUGAUUUCACACGUGGUGAUGGCACCGGUGGCCGUUCCAUCUACGGUGAACGUUUCGAAGAUGAAAACUUCAAGCUUAAGCAUUAUGGUGCCGGUUGGUUGUCCAUGGCUAAUGCUGGCAAAGAUACUAACGGUUCUCAAUUCUUUAUUACCACCAAACCCACUUCCUGGUUGGAUGGUCGUCAUGUUGUCUUCGGCAAAGUAUUGUCUGGCAUGGAUGUUGUACGUAAAAUCGAAAAGGUUAGCACUGAUGGCCGUGAUCGUCCCACUAAGGAUGUUGUUAUUGCCAACAGUGGUUCUUUACCCGUAGCCGAACCAUUUUCAGUAGCCAAGGCUGAUGCUACUGAAUAGAUUGUAUGAGAGUUAUAUAUUGGGCUAGAAGCUUUUAACAAACAGCAGAUGUUUAAUAUUUAAGUUUUCAUGUUUAAGAAUAUUUGAAAUUAAGAUCAGUUUUAAUAAUAAAAGAAAUUAUAUAUUAUAGAAUUAAUGAAAAAGAAA